GCACAACCUUCCAACUGGAGUUUGGAAAAGCAAAACACUAAAGCUCGUAAAGCGAGCAGUUUUUAGUAUUCAGACGCAUUUAUUCUAAUUUAAGGUUUUCUGUUUCUUGACGUUUUUACUGUCUUUCUCAUAAGUAUCAACAGUGUACAGUUGUGACGAGUGCUCUAUGGAGUUCCCAAAGCUCCCCCCUCACUCCGGCUCUGUGUUAUCAGUAGUGGACAUGCACACAGGUGGAGAGCCGCUGCGUAUUAUCCUGAGUGGGUAUCCAGAGGUGAAGGGGGACACCAUCCUUGCCAAACGACGCUAUGUGAGAGAGCAUCUCGAUCAUCUUCGCAAGGUGUUAAUGUUCGAGCCCCGUGGUCACUAUGAUAUGUACGGAGCCCUGCUGGUCAGAAGUGAGUUAGCAGAGGCUGAUCUCGGCGUCUUGUUCAUGCACAACGAAGGGUACAGCACCAUGUGUGGCCACGCUGUCAUUGCUCUCGGGCGAUUUGCGGUGGAUUAUGGCUUGAUCAAAGCGCCCACUUCACCAGAGACGCAGAUAAACAUACACUGCCCCUGUGGCUUAGUGAAGGCCUUUACACAGUAUUCCAACGGGAAAACUGGAGCUGUCAGAUUCCACAGUGUGCCAGCCUUUGCUUUCGCUACAGAUGUGAGUGUCUCGGUGCCAGGAUAUGGGUCCAUCACUGUGGACAUCAGUUAUGGUGGAGCUCUUUAUGCUUUUGUGAGUUCUGAGAAAUUUGGAUUGGAUGUCAACAAGUCCAAGACCAGAGAUCUGGUGGAUGCAGCCACUGCUGUGAGUGAUGCUGUCAAAUCCCAGGUAAAGUUGUACCAUCCAGUCAGUGAGGAUCUGGCCUUCCUCUAUGGCACAAUCCUUACUGACGGCAAAGAUGCUUUUUCUGAAGAGCCCACGGCCAAUGUGUGUGUGUUUGCUGAUGCACAGGUGGACAGAAGCCCUACAGGGUCAGGUGUUACUGCUCGUAUAGCUCUUCAGUACCAAAAAGGCCUGAUCGGACUGAACCAGACCAGAAGCUUCAAGAGUGGAGCUACAGGAUCAGUGUUUACAGGAAAAGCAAUAGAGGAGACCACUUGUGGGGACUUCAGGGCUGUGGUAGUGGAGGUCACAGGUCAUGCUCACUACAGCGGUGUGGCCAGCUUCACCCAAGAGAGCGAUGACCCUCUCAGAGGAGGUUUUCUUCUGCGCUGACUUAAAGGUCACAACUGAUAUUUCUGCUUCUGAUCGCAGACCUGAGCCUCCAUUCGUGCCCUGCGCUCCUCCUCUUCUUUGCGUCGGCGCAUGUUCUCGUUCUCUUGACGGGCCUCUGCAAAGGACUGCAAGAAUUGGUCGAAUAUCCCAAAGAACUCAUCGGGCUGCAUCUUAUCAGCAUCUUCACCAAAGUGCUUGACCGCCUUUAAGAACUGGAGAACAGAAGCACUGGUCAUAUGAAAGCCAUUUCCUGCUCGCUUUACUUUCAGAGUAAUGACGUGAACAUGAAUACUUCAAGAAAAUCCUAAAACAAACAAACAAAAUAAACACAAACAUGGCUCAACAAAA